AGGAGGAGAGCGUGAAGAGGCAGGAACGGGUGAGCGAGCGCCUGCGUAGGGUGGGAAAAGGGAGGCGAGAGCUAGAGGAGGAACGAGAGACAGGAGGAACGACACACACGCACACACGCACAGAGAGAAAGAGAGAGGGGAAGGAGAGGAAGAGGAAGAAGGGGGGACGAGGGGGAGUCACCGCCUAACCACCUACUACUAUCCUGAUAGGAGUAUUCGCAGUCGACCCGGCCGACCUGGCACGACCGCAAUCCUUCUAGCCGUUACACCACAGCAUCAGCUCUCACCAAACCCUUUCGACCGGGACGCGCCACAGAACACACGGGCUGGCCAGAAACCAAUCAAGACCCAGACCGCCCCGGCCGUAUAAAUAGCCUCGCUGCUUGCCUGCUGGAUUUCCCUCUGCCUCUCGUCCGGCAUCCCACACGCUAUCUCACACGACGUCGACCAUGACUUCGCCCACCGACCCCCAAGCCAAGGUAUAUUCCCACAUCAACGGCGGCCAUGACCAUCUCUUGAGUCGUCUCGCCGUCUCUGAGCUCUGCAAGGGCUGGCCCGUCUACAGGGACGCCUCCGAGUGGAAGAACUUCCGCUCCCUGUUUUGCGACGACGCCUGUGUCUGGACCACAUGGAGUGGGCGUCAGACGAUAGAUGGCUUCAUUCAGAAGUCGAAAGAAGGCAAGGCGAACGGCGACUUUAUCAUGCAUCGCGAGUGCGGCACUAUGGUAGAGCUCAAUGCCUCGGCCAACCGCGCCGUCGGCAAGAUGAAGGCCACCAUCACCCAACGCUUCAGGGUCGCGUCGGACGCUCCAGGUAUCGACCCGGUCGUGUACGAUGUAGACUGUGACUGCCGCUUUCACUUCCUCUGCCUCCGUCACCCGGAUUCCGACGUGUGGAAGGUCAAGUACGUCAAGCUCAUAUACGAUAAAGACAAGCUCGUUCCCGUCAACGGCAAAGACCUACCGAGCUUCUCCAAGGAGACGCUCGACAAAUAUCCUGAGGGAUACAAGUUCCUCGGUGCGAGCCAAAGCAUGCUGGGGCAUGAUAUCGACUCGUUCCUCCCGACCAUCCAAAGCCUGGAACACGGGCACGCCAACCCAUUGUGGCUCGAGCUGUAUGAGCAGGUGGGGCAGUGGCUCGACGGAGUGGAAGAUAUUGACCUAUCCACGACGCGUUACCACUACAGCCUCUGAGGAGAGCGUAAGAGGUAGGCACUGAAAGGGAUCGAAGCAUUUGGCAUGUGGGCAGAUUGAAAGAUGAUGGACUAGCUUAGAUUGACACCAAAUGAAGGGGGAGGUGAGCGAGAAGGACACUC